CUCCAGCUCUGGUUUGCAGAGACUCAUCAUACAUUUACUAGCCAACGUCGUGUUUAUGUGUAGACUAACGAUAGGAAAGCAUUCGGCGGUUUUUACACGCUAUCAUUAAACUACCAUAUUUGUCCCGCUUGUGGACUCUGCGACCCUGCUGAACCCGUGACGUCAUUAGACGGCGCCUCUUCCCCGUCGGUUCGAUACCGCUUUUUGUGGGUCAGUUUAUCUUUUAUUAUGGUGUUGGCGGUGACAAAAGAAUCAGACAGUCCGAGUAAGGGAGCUACGUUAUUUAGAUCUGUUUAUGAUUUAAAAAUUACACCAGCGUUUUAGUCUAAUUUGGUGUAUUUAGCAGCGGUUGAGCUGAGCUUGUGUUCGGACCUGUAGCCUGUGAGCUAACGCACGCGCUGGCUAGUCCAGUCACCUCCGCUAGCUAACGGUAUCUCCUCUGUCUUGGAUCAACAAGAGAGUCUGAUCUACAUUAGAGUGUGGAAUAUCUAGCUUGGGUUCUAGUUGUUUUUUUUUAGCUCUUCUGGUCAUGGAGUGUCCUCAUCUCAGCUCCACGGUGUGUGUGGCAGUGGAUCCCUCCCGCCUCCCCCACGGCUCUCCUUCAUCAUGGUGCUGCAGUGUUUGCCGGUCAAAUAAAAGCCCCUGGGUUUGCCUGACCUGUCUGAGUGUACACUGUGGAAGGUACGUCAACGGCCAUGCUAAAAAGCAUUUCGAGGAGGUUCAGUGUCCACCGGCUGGACAGAAGAAAACCGAGAAGCUUCCUCAGCAUUCUGUGUGCAUGGACUGCAGCAGUUACAGUACCUUCUGUUACCGGUGUGAUGACUUUGUGGUGAAUGACACCAAACUGGGCCAGGUGCAGAGGGUGAGGGAGCACCUUCAGAGUUUGGAGAACUCUGUGAUGAAUUCUGACCGACAGCGGAAAAGAAAACUCUCGGGGAGUUCCUCUCCUGACCUCCGGACACCAGCCGAUGGUGAAGGAACUCCUGCUCGGACCGCCACUGGCCUCCGCAACCUGGGCAACACAUGCUUCAUGAACGCCAUCCUCCAGUCUCUUAGUAACAUUCCCGAGUUUAGUUGCUACUUUAAAGACAUGCCGGCAGUAGCAUUACGGAGCGGAAAGACUGCAGGAAGGAGAAUGUACCACACCCGAAGCCAGGGGGACAGCAGUGUGUCCCUGGUAGAGGAGCUCAGGAAAACCCUUUGUUCCCUUUGGCAGGGAAGUCAGACUGCCUUUAGCCCAGAUGCUCUGUUCUAUGUCAUCUGGAAAAUAAUGCCAAGUUUCAGGGGAUAUCAGCAGCAGGAUGCCCAUGAGUUCCUGCGGUACCUUCUGGAUCAUCUCCACAGAGAGCUGCAGGGCAGUAAGAACGGGUUGCCUGGGUCUAGUGUGCUCCCAGACAGCCAGAACAUUAACUCAGGAAGCAAGUGCAGCAUAAACGGGACUCCAACUAUGGUCACUGAUGUAUUUGGUGGUGUCCUGCACAGUGAAGUGAACUGCUUGAUAUGUGGCACAGAGUCGAAGAAAUUUGACCCAUUUUUAGACCUCUCCUUGGACAUUCCCAGCCAGUUCAGAGUAAAAAGGACAAAGGACCAGGAACCAGGGCCAACCUGCACUUUGGGUGACUGCCUUUCUAGUUUCACUGACCUGGAGGAACUUGAUGAAACCGAGCUCUAUAUGUGCCAUAAGUGUAAAAAACGACAAAAAUCCACCAAGAAAUUCUGGAUCCAGAAUCUGCCCAAGGUCCUGUGUUUGCAUCUAAAGAGGUUUCACUGGACAGCUUUUCUAAGAAAUAAAGUUGAUACCUAUGUGGAGUUCCCACUGCGAGGCCUUGACCUAAAGUGCUACUUACUGGAGUCUGAAAACAGUCUCCCUGAGAGUUGCCUGUAUGACCUUUCUGCAGUGGUGGUGCAUCAUGGAUCUGGGGUGGGAUCGGGUCAUUACACGGCAUACGGUCUUCACGAGGGCCUCUGGUAUCACUUUAACGACAGCACUGUGACUGUAGUCAGUGAGGAGACGGUAGCCAAAGCCAAGGCCUAUAUUCUGUUCUACACGGAGCGGACAGAGGAGGACAACCCGGGCUCUGUGACUGAGCCGAAGUUUUAAUCAGCCUUACUGUACCACCAAGCCUUCGGAAUAAUAGCCCACCUUUCCCGCACGCAGUUCCACGCUGAGCUUGAGUUAUGUCACCUGUAGCACCACCGUCACACCUCACUUAAAACUAAAAUACUGCUGCUGUGUUCAUUAUUUAAGCAAAAACAAAAAAAAAUCAUUCCUAAUGUUGCCUUUCAUUGUUUUUGUGUGAAGGUCAUCAUGAGUCCUGGUGGACAGUGUUGUAGAAACUGGAUCAGAAGUUUUUUAAUUGUUUUAAUUAUGUGUAUAUCCGCUAUUGGCCAUCUCUUAACAUUUCAUAAAAGUUUUUAUGUAAAUGAACUACAUUUGAGUAUUUUCUUACUGCUCUUUGUCAGGAUAAAGGCAUUUCUAAUUUGAAUCUUCUUGAAACUUGAAUAAUCUUAAUUUGUCUAAAGAUGUUCCCUUUUCACCUUUCAUGUUGCACAGGUAGUUUAUUUUCCAGUCAGCAUCUCCUCAAAAAUGUGAAACAGACAUUUGAUUAAAGGGAUAAUGUUGGGGCCAUUCCAAUUUGAUUAUUUAUACUGAUUUAACAGGUCUAGCCAUACUUCUUGCUUUAACAUGACAUAUGAGCACUGCUGAUUUCAUGCGAUUGUUUUAUAGAAGCAGUAAAGAGACGGCAGGUUAAAAAUAAAACCGUAGUCUGUGUUUUUAAAGACAUGACGCAAUGAAGUGCAACGAUAAUCCGACAUCGUCAGAAUGACCUUGACACGAAGUCCGAAGUCUCUUUCCGUCACUGUAGAGCGCUCACUUUGUUCUGAAUCAGAAAGUGACGACUUUAAACUGUAAUGAAAUCGUUAUGAAACCUCAGUGUCGUGUCAGUCUUGUGACGGGUAAAAGAAUGGACUGCUUUGUUUUCUCUAAGUGUUUCCUACUUCACGAUGAAACACCCAUGACAACUUUUCUUCUCAUGAUGAAGUUUAAUUAUUACAUUUUUGUAGUUUCUGCCAUAACGCUGUGCCUAAAACGAGGCCUGCAUCAGUCAACACUUCCCAGCAACUUUCCACUUCCCAGCGGUCUUCUUGGUCAAAUGAUGUUGUAGUUAAAGCUUUGCAUGAUCUGUUCUGUCCUGAGAGAAGAUAAACUGCACAUUUAAAGAGCAGCCAUCAGGGAGGACCCGUAAUUACAACCCUCGGUUUUGAAAUGUGGGUGAGGCGGCAGCAUUUGUUUAGUGCCUGCAGACAGAACCUCGCCUGUUUAUCAGAGACAGGCAGGUUUGUUUUUUUCCUGAAUGCGGGACUAAUUUCAAUAUCAAUGUAAAUGGUGACCAGCUUUGAUGAUGCAAACCACUCAAAGCCGCUGUGCUAGCGAGUGCUUUUUCCUCCUCCCCCCC